GCUUGAAAUUCGAUGGUUUUGAAAUCAAAGUCUGAUUUUGAUGCAAAAAAGUUUCAGCUUUAGAAAUUCACAUUCAAAAUCAGAUGGCACAGAUUUACUUCUAUACACAUGGCUUUGCAGAGCUGGUCUUGUCUGAGUACUGCGUGGCUUUUUAUGGCCAGCAGGUGGCACCAUAAACCAGUUUGUAAAAGACCAGAAUGUUCUGCAGCUUCAAUGGGUUUUACAAGUAAAACUAAUUACACAGUGUUUUCAAAUAUCAGUGUCAAGCUCAUUGUUUUUUUUAGCUCACUUUAUAGUACUUUGAAGAAAAAAAUCCUUUCCCCCUUCAUUUUUGUAAAAUGGCCUUUAAUGUUUAACACUACUCAUUUAGUUUUGAGAGUACCAUUUGGCAACUGGCUGUAACCUCACAGACAGUUAGUAGUAUUCAUCUGGAAAGUUAUUAAGUGGCACAAAGAAGUCACCAGUCCUCAAACAGAGCUCUGCUUCUCGGGUAACUUAGUAAAAGACACUGGAGGAGACCACGGCUUCAGGGAAACGACGUUGCUUCUAUCAGAUAGUACGACGCCAUCUUUGAGGGGGUUAAGAAUCCAAAAACAGCUGAUAAUUUCAAUAAUUUUGGACUAAAAUGGUUUCAAGAGACAUACUGUCAACAACAACUGUGGAGCCACCCUUCGUCUACACUGCAGAAGUUGUGUGACAGGCGUACGUGGUGCGCAGGUGCGGGGCGGGGGACUUAAAAAUAGUUUACUCUCAAAGGGGGACGCUGCGGCGGGUACAAAAUAUUGGAAAUCACAUGGUCGGGAAAGUAACUGCGAAGCUCUGGCCACGCUACAAAGUCAACAGACACUGUACGUAUUAAUCUGCUUAGAAAUAAUUAUAUAUUAAAAUGGAAGUGUAAUUAAAUUUGUCUCAUGACUCUCCGGACUGAAGGUAUUGUGCCUGUCUAAAAAUAGGUGUUUUCUAAUGAGUCGCCAUCAUUACAAUCCAGAACAGUUAAUCUCUGUGCCUCUUAGUAGCCUAUAUUUGACCACCUUCACAGAACAGGGCUGUAUAUUUUUGAUUUAAACUAUAUAGUAGCUUGUUUGGUCAUGAAAACUUUAACCUCUGCCAGUGCAUAUCAGCUGAUCAGCAACAGGUGUUUUAAUCUCUAAAUGUAUUGGGAUGUCUUAUUCAAAAGGGACAAAACGUUAGGAAUAGGCCUACUGUUGAUUAAAAUAACUGAGCAGAGAACUCUUUGCAUGCUGCACGCUAAAGGUCUGAACAGCCUGUGCUAUUUUUAAGGCGAGAGAUAUGUUGGAACACCUUUAGAUAACAUUGGGUAAUAUGGGGUAAUACGGAUUGGGCUGUGUAUGUGUGCAAGCUUUUGUUAAAUAUACUCUGCACAAAAAUACUUCCCUUAACUCUGAAACUGGUCUCUGCAUAGGAUAGUUUUGUGUGAAGAUUUGAUCAGAGAUUAAGAGUUUCAUUUGGUUAUAAUUAUAGUUUUUGUUAAAUCUUUGUAUGAUAAAAUGUAAAUUAAGUAAUUCUUGUAUUCUCUCUCUGUGUCUUGUCUCUAUGAAUCUUCCCUGGUUCUCUUGACAGUGCAAAGAUGAAGCUGACUGUUAUAGCUUUUUUGUGUUUGUCCCUUCUUGUGGUUCAUAUUGAUUCGUCCCUGGCCAAGAUACGUGGUGGAGGGUUUGCUGGAAAAUUAAAUCACUUUAAGAAAACGCCCAAAACAACCUUGAAAAAACCCAAACCUGAGAAACCAGAUAGACCAGGGGGGUAUCCAAACCAAGGAAGCUACCCAAACCAAGGGGGAUACCCAAACCAAGGAAGGUACCCAAACCAAGGAGGAUAUCCAAACCAAGGGGGCUACCCAAACCAAGGGGGCUACCCAAACCAAGGGGGAUACCCAAACCAAGGAGGAUAUCCAAACCAAGGAGGAUAUCCAAACCAAGCGGGUUACCCAAACCAAGGAUACCCAAACCAAGGAAGAUACCCAAACCAAGGAGGAUAUCCAAAUCAGGGUGGAUACCCAAAUCAAGGAGGAUAUCCAAGCCAGGGGGGAUACCCAAACCAAGGGGGAUACCCUCAGCAACCGGGUAGACCAGGGGUGUACCCGAACCAAGGAGGCUCCCCCUACCAGCCAGGUUAUCCAGCUGGGGGAUAUCCUGCGCAGGGCUACCCUAAUAGUGGAGGAUUCGGCGGGUAUGGAGGUUAUCCUGGUGGGUACAUGAAUUACAAUCCAAACAACAGAAUCCCAAGUCCACACUAUGGUGGCAGCUUUGGAUAUGGGGGCUAUGGUGUUGGGGGUGGCUCUCCCUUUUCACACUCUGUUCAGCAAAUGGGCAUUUACCCCAAAGAACAGUCCAGAGGGUUUGGGCGCAGUGCAGUUAUGGCAGCAGCUGGAGGGGCUGUGGCAGGAAUGGCCCUUGGUUACGGUAUAGGAAGGUUCCCCCGUCCUCAUUUUGAGUUCCACAGUCCUCAGGAGGAGUAUUACUACAACCACUACAUGUACAGGAAAUACGGUACAAAAUCAACUGAUAUAAAUGACUACAGCAGAGACUACAAGUACAGCAGACCCCCUCAAUCUUAUGAUAGCUUUAUGGACUCUUGCAUGAAGAGAGAAGACCUUCUUCCUGCAGGGAAUCCAAAGCCAAACAAAAAUACAGCUAAUGCAACUACUUCUUCAGUUACAACCACAACAACCACAUCUGCAACUCCUGUAAGUACUGCUGCUCCCAACAGCAGCAGUAACUCGACUCUCAUCAACAACAACAGCACAACAACAGGAAACUCAUCCACUUCUGUACUUUCAACCCCCCAUCCUCUAAAUAAGUCUGAGGCAAUUUCUGGUCCUCCUGCAGCAGAGGCUGUCAGAGAAACAGCUAUUACUGAUGAUGAGGACACAGUCAGCAUCGUAGAGAUUGGCUAUCCAGCACUGGUCAACCAGUUGAAGGUCAGGAGAUGUGUGGAGUUGUACAUGGUUUACUCUGACAAGUAUCUGAAGCGAAAGACUGAACCCAAGGUUGCAGGUGGGGUACAAGGACUAAAUUCAGGCUCACAUUGGCUGGUAGCAGUGAUCACCAGUAUAACACUUAUUUUGCUGAAUAGCCGCACGUCAAUACUGUUGCAGUGAUAUAUUUAUUUGCAGUUUACGCAUAUGUGCAUGCUUACAUGAGACCAAGGCAUUGUUUAUGGUAACUAACCAGUGUGGUAGAAUUCCAGUAUUAGCAUUUACUCCAAAACGACAAUCUUUUUUUUUGAUAGCCUAUAUGUAUGGUCAAAGUCACCAGCUUUCGCUUUAGCUUAUUGAAAGUUUGGAUGUUGUCCUGUUUCUGUUCAGUGUUACUGAACAAUAGCUCAACUAAGUUUAUGUUGCUAAUGUUUAAUGGUGGAUCCAGUUGCACAAAAUGUUCAUAUUGUCUAACAAAUCAAAUCAGCACACUGUGUGGAUGUUUAUUCUUUUUUGUAUUGCUGUCAAAUUUGUAGGUUAGCUUGCUGUCCAGUUUGUUGAUUACUUAGAUCACAAUUAUGUUAAACUUUUCCAAUAAAAGUGAUAUCACAUCCAUUUA